UAAUGUUCCUGGAACAUUGAAUCACGGACGUUUUAACAUGCACUGAUGCACACACCUGCAUGUUGCAUCCGGAAACUCGCACCGCAUAUCCUAAGUGUUUAGCCUUAGCCAAAUGCUGCCAACUUUCGAGUGUGGCUUUCUAUCACAAAGACGUUUAAAUCUUGUCAAAUGUAGCUUAUGAAGUAACAAUUAUAUGAAGAAAUGAACAGAAUCAUAGUCGCUCUCGUACCCAGGAUUUCUUAUCAUGCUUUCGACGCCAUCUGGCUAUGAGGUUUAAUUUAAUAUGCAUUUAUCGGCUCAAUUCAGCAACGAAAUUCGGGACUGCAGGACCUGCAGGUUGGUUUGCAUCCAGAGAGUUUUACCUUUUUUCUCAGUACCAGGUUCUUCCAGGGCCUUGAUCGCUCAGAAUUUGAAAAACCUUUGUUCCCAUUUGACAAGAACUACCACUUCAUAUUCAAUGAUAACCUAUACACACAAGUGGAUGGUGUGAGAAUGGGUAGCCCCUUGACAAUGGACUGGACUUCAAGCAAGGCAGACAGGAUCAACACUUCCCUACUGUCAUACAAGAAUAUCAUUUUUCUGCAAGAGAUUUAUCAGGAAAAAGAAAAAGGGAAAGAGAACAAGGUCGAUUAGCUUUGAUAGCCUAGAAGGCGAAACCACACCAGGACGAGUCAGUUUUAGUGAAAGACAACUUCAAGAUGAAAGAUUUUGUUUUUGUCGUGGCUUUUCUAUCUUUGGGAAUGGUCAACUCGCAACAGAAACCCACUUAUCUGAGUGUUGACGAAAAAUUUCCAAAUGACGAUGAAAACAAAGUAUGCAGUCGAAUUCGGGAUGUGAUACCUCGCAACUCUGGUCGCUUCAGAAAAAUUCUGAUCAGAAACACGAACAAUGAUGCUCUUUAUGUCAACGAUGAUUGUCGGUAUAUGACUGCGCGUACAAAAAGUAAAUUGGAUAUCCUCGCUUCUCGAGUCAGAGGACAAUGGCCCGGACUUGCUUUAAAGGUGCUUGAAUCUUGGACUGACCGUGUGGACCCAAAUAACCCUACCUCGCUGCAUUACGAAGGUCGCUCGGUUGCUCUUGAAGUAUCCGACGGAAAUGCUGGAAGACUAGGACGAUUGGGAGGACUUGCAAUCGAGGCUGGUUUUGACUGGGUUCAUUACACGCCUUCGGGUCGUAUUCGUGCUUCUGUCAUUCCCGAUGUUUGUCAAACCUCCGUUGAUCUCGUCUUUUUAUUGGAUGGUUCUGGCAGUGUCCAACUCCACAACUUUCAGAAAGUAAAAGAAUUCGUUAAAAAGGUUGUUGACUUUUUUAACAUUGGUCGUAAAGGCACGCACAUAGGUGUUGUUCAAUACUCGACCAAAACCGAGACAGAAUUCAACCUGGUGAGAUAUUUUACGAAAUCUGAAAUGAAACGUGCAGUUGAUGGGAUCCCAUUUCAAUCUGGAUGGACGUAUACUGCAGAGGCACUGAAGUUUCUCAAAAGAGAAAUAUUCACCACAAGUGCAGGAAUGCGAACUGACCCUGGAAUACCAAAGGUUUUAGUUCUGAUCACAGAUGGAAAAUCCCAAGGCGAUAGUGUUGGUCCUCCUGCGCAAGCUUUAAAAAACAUUGGCAUAAGUAUAUUUAGCAUUGGAGUAGGCAGUGGUAUUAGCAUAUCUCAGUUGAAUCAAAUCGCCUCCGAUCCAGACAAGGAUUAUGUUUUUCAAAGGACGUUUGAUAACAUUGCUGAUUGGGUUGAUCGUCUCAGCGCCGUUUCCUGUAGCGAGGGAUCUUUGAUCGACUCAUGUAAAGAUUCUGUCACCUCAGUGGAGAGUGGCUCAUUUAAAUAUUUCCGAACCCAGUUUCAAUUUGUCACCAAAAACCAAGUCAGUGUUGAACUUCGGGAUAUAACAGGUAUAAGUCAUUUGUACGCCUCCAGAACGACAAAGAAUCCCGGACCCUUGGAUCCACAAAGUCAAAAAAACGAGGAAAACACAUCGCCUAAAGCAGUCUCUGUUGCAGUUGACAGCAAAAAGACGGUUUUUGUAGCUGUACAAGGCCAGCAAAAUACAAACAAAUUCACUUUGUCAUUUUGGGACAACCUGUUUUUGAGAACCUCGAACACUCUCAAAGUUAAUGAAAACCAAGGUCCCACGCCGAUCAGUCAAUUAGACUUGGCGACCAACAGAUACAGUUUAAAGUAUAAGAUCACAGAUGGAAACAGAGAGGAUGCAUUCACUAUCGAUUCCGAUACUCCAAUACUGCGCACGAAAAAACCACUUGACAGAGAGUAUAUUGCAUCGUAUUCAUUGGUUAUUGUGGCUGAAAACGUAGCGAACAAAUGUCAUAAAAGCAGAACAAAAGUAGUUGUUGUAGUCGAGGAUGAGAAUGACAACAAACCUAAAUUUACCAAGGACAAUUAUCAGGCUAACGUUUUAGAAAAUGCUCAAAUUAACACUAUCGUGAAAACUGUUUUAGCAACUGAUGCCGAUGUUGGGGUCAAUGGACAGAUUACCUAUACUAUUACUUCUCAAUCUCCCGAAAAUAAAUUCAGGAUUAAUCAACAAGGACAGGUUAUACUUACUGGAGCGUUAAACUACGAGUCAAUUACUACAUAUACGCUGAAUCUUGAAGCUAGAGACGGCGGUGGUGAAAAAGACACGUCCAAGUUAGUCGUUAAUGUUCAAAAUGUCAACGAGCCACCAAAGAUUAGAUGCAAUAAUAAUAAUUGUAAAUACUCCGUCGACGAGAAUGUCCCGACAGGAACCAGUUUUGCCGCGGCUGUGAUAGGUACAGAUCCUGAUAUAAGAACCCCUUGUUCUCCGUUACAGUAUAUCUUACCGUCAUCUGUUAGUAGUAGUUUCAAGGUGGAUGCUAGUGGUGUUAUUUUAACAAACGGAGCCUUAGAUCGAGAGCAAAAGCCUUCCUAUAGUUUCUAUGUUACCGUGAGGGACUGUGGAGGACUAACCGAUCGUGUUCAUGUUAUCAUUGAUAUUAAUGAUAAGAAUGAUAAUGCUCCCAAAUUUCGCGGUCCUUACAAGGUCGAUAUACUGGAAAGUGAACAAAUUGGCAGCAAUGUUGUUCAAGUCAGCGCCCAAGACGCGGACGAAGGUAUCAACGCAGAAAUCACAUACACAAUGACAGGCAGCGAUUCCUCCGCUUUUCAUAUUGACUCUUCAACUGGGAGAAUAACAACACGUUCCAAACUGGACUUCGAGACGAAACCACUAUAUAAAUUCCAAGUGAAAGCAUCAGACGGGGGGAAGAACGCGAAGAGUUCGACGAAGGAUGUAACCGUGAAGAUUGUCGACGUUAAUGAUAAUGCACCGAAAUUUGUUGAAUCAUACAGCGAAAAUGUCAGAGAGGAUGCUAGACCUGGCGAAGUCGUACUCACGGUGAAGGCAAACGAUUCGGACUCAGACGCUAAUGGUCAGAUACAUUACUCAAUUGUUGGAGGUAACUUUGGAAAUGCUUUUGCUGUGGACGAAAGUUCUGGAUUAAUUAAAGUCUACUCAAAAUUAGAUAGGGAGACAAGAGAUUCCUAUGCACUGACUGUUCAAGCAUCAGACGGAGGCUCUCCACCGUUAAGCGCCCGAACAACAGUUUCGAUAACAAUUGUUGAUGUCAACGAUAACUCUCCAAUAUUCCAAGGACCGUAUCGUAAAUCAGUUCUCGAGAACUUUCCGAAAAACAAGCUCAUUCUUAAGGUCACAGCAACAGACAAAGAUUCUGGAAGUUUUGGGCAAGUGUCGUACAGUAUAACAUCACCUCCAAUUGCUCAGGAAACCUUCAGCAUAGACAACACUGGUAACAUUAAAUUAAGGAAGUCAUUAGAUUAUGAAAAGAAAAGAGACUACACAUUCACUGUUACUGCAAGAGAUGGCGGUGGUCGGGAAACUCCAGAGCCAGUUAAAAUUUUCGUGGGAGACGUCAACGAUAACGAUCCCAUCUUUGAGAAGGAUCGAUACAACGAAAACGUCGCAGAAAAUGUUAAAGUUGGUCACGUGGUUGGUGGAGUGAAAGCUACAGAUGCAGACUCAGGCCCCCGCGGUCGUAUAUCAUAUUACAUCAUAGAUGGAAAUGUUGGGAAUGCAUUUAGAAUUAAUGCUGCUGGAACUUUAUCUGUCGCUUCGAGUUUGGAUCGAGAGACCCGAGAUAAAUACGAACUAACUGUCCAAGCUCGAGAUGAUGGUAGUUCUCCCAGAUCCUCCGUAGUGAAAUUCAUUGUAACCAUAACAGAUGUUAACGAUAAUAAUCCACGCUUUACUAACAACUCCUAUUCCUUUAAAAUUUAUGAAAAUAACGCGGAGGAUACGAAAGUUGGGGAUCUCGGACGCGCAGUAGAUUUGGAUAUAGGAAAGAAUGCUGAAAUUGUCUAUUCGAUUGUUAGUGGUGAUGAUAAGACAUUUGAGUUUAAAGAUACCGGAGAACUUUACGCGAGGAAAGCCUUGAAUAGAGAAGAUAUAGCGUCGUAUUCGCUUGAGAUUGAGGCGAGAGAUAAGGGCACGCCUUCUCUGUAUACGAAAGUUCCAGUGGAGGUUACGGUACUUGACAGGAAUGAUAAUGAUCCGAAGUUUACGAAAUCUCCAUAUGAUUGUAGUAUUGAUGAAAAUUCAGCCAGUGUCACUAGAGUAUGUUUUGUUCGUGCUACCGAUGAAGACAUUGGAGAUAACGGGAAGGUUGUCUACGAGUUGGUUUCGUCGAGUGACCAAUUCAGUGUCUCAAAGGAUGGAGGUGAAAUAAGAACAAAAGUUUCUUUGGACAGGGAAACGAAAAGUUCAUAUACAUUAACUAUCAAAGCUAAGGAUCUUGGUAAGCCAAGCAGGAGUGCAAACGUUCAGGUGAAUGUUAAUGUGGUCGACAAGAAUGACAAUGAACCGUCGUUCAAUGGCAAGUAUAGUUCUAAAGUGAAGGAAGACACCAGUGUGAGAGAAAAUGUUGGUAAAGUUACUGCAAGCGAUCCUGAUGAUGGCAACAAUGGCAGAGUCAAGUACACGAUCGUUAGAGGAAAUAUACAAACUGCAUUUGCCAUUGACAAAGACAGCGGUGAUAUAACAGUGGCUUCAGAACUAGACCGUGAAAAACUGGCAAAUUACCGACUCACAAUUGAAGCAUCAGAUCACGGCAGCCCCGGGUUAUCCUCCCGUCAGGAAGUUCCAAUUAAAAUCCUGGACGUCAACGAUAAUGCCCCGAUUUUCACAUCACGGCUAUAUUCUGGUCAGAUCGCAGAAGAUGCUGCUGUAGGCUCGCGAGUUGUACAGGUCUUAGCAACGGACUUGGAUGAAGGUGUAAACAGUCAAAUAAAGUACAGUAUCACUGAAGGAGAGCAAAAGGAAGAUUUCACUAUUGACGUCGACAGUGGUUUGAUAACGACUGCAAAAAAUCUCGAUUAUGAAAAAAAGAAAGUCUACACUUUGACUGUCAAAGCCACCGACCAAGGCGAUCCAUCACAGUCAGGUGAAAGUUCUGUGACAAUAAACGUGAAAAACACGAAUGACAACGCUCCAACAUUUGUCCCUGGUUCUCCCAUCGUACACGUCAGCGAAGCCGUUGCUAUAGGAACUAAAGUAGUGAAGUUCAACGCGACAGACAAAGACGGAAACAAACUGACUUUCUCGAUAACUAAGGGAAACACAAAUGAUGAUUUAGCUAUCCACAGUGAUUCCGGAUUAUUAACAACAAAAAAUAAAUUGGAUAGAGAAACAGUGGCACAAUACAACCUGACCGUCACCGUGACAGAAGUAACGAAUACAAGAGCUAAAGAAAAGUCCAGUUCACAGAAUCUUACUGUUAUUGUGACGGACGAGAAUGAUAACGGACCAGAAUUUAAACCUAAAGCGUAUACCAAAGAUAUCGACGAAAAUUCAGCUUCAGGAGUGCUAUUGACCGUACAUGCAACAGACGCAGAUGAAGGGAAGAACGCUGAAAUUACAUUCUCUUUGGACCGUGCUGCAGAAACGAAAUUCUCCAUUGACAGCAAUUCUGGUGUUAUUUCCACCAAAACACCCCUUGAUCGGGAGAAGAUCGCAAAUUAUGAUAUCGUUGUCACCGCUAAAGACUCGGGAACGCCUUCGUUGUCCUCAAAAGCCAAAGUUACAGUAACUGUGAAUGACCUGAAUGAUAAUAAACCACGUUUUUCAAAGGACUACACAACAAAUCUUCGUGAAAACACUGCGAAGGGAGGGACAGUUUUGCGAGUCGAAGCCAGUGAUCCGGACUCAGGCGCGAAUGGAAAAAUUUUUUAUUCGAUAAUAUCAGGCAACAAUUUUAACCAUUUUGAAAUUGACAAUGUCACGGGAAUAAUUAGCGUCAAAAAGUCGCCCGAUAGGGAAACGAAUGCGGUAUUUAUUUUGCAUUUACGCGCCAAUAAUCAACCAGCUUUUGCUCCAUCGACUCCAACGGCGAAAACGGAAUGUUCUGUCAGGAUAAAUAUUACAGAUGCGAACGACAACGCCCCAAACAUUACUAAUACUGUCACGACUGUAAGUGUCGUGGAAAAUUCUCCCGCUAAUACCGAAGUACUUGAUGUAGAUGCAACUGAUGCUGAUAUCGGGGAUAACGGGAAGAUUGAGUACGAAAUUGUUGGGGGUAAUGUGAAGGAUGCGUUCCAAAUUGAUCAUGAAACUGGCGUUAUUACCACGAAAGGCAAGAUUGAUCGCGAAACUUUGGAUAAGUACACACUUACGGUUCAAGCUUCUGAUAAAGGCAGACCUAGUUCGUAUUCUACGAAAGAUUUUGUUGUAAAAGUUACCGAUCUUGAUGACAAUCCGCCAGUGUUUAAACCUUCUACAUAUCUUGUAUCAGUACCUGAGUCAGCCAACCUAAGUACGGUCGUCGUUCAACUCAAAGCUACAGACGAAGACAUUAACAAAAACGCUAAAAUAACAUUCUCUGUUGUCUCUGGGAACGAUGAAGACCACUUUAGAAUUGAAAGUGAUUCUGGCGUCAUCUACACCAACGCUGGACUUGAUUUUGAGAAAAUAACAGAGUACAAUCUUGUUGUUGAUGCGAAAGACACUAAACACACAAAUCCUCGGGCGGCAAAUGUUACCAUAACGGUUCAAAAUAUUAAUGAUAACUUCCCUGAGUUCAACCCAUCUUCAUACCAAGUUAACAUCCCCGAAAACCAUGCAUUAGAUACAGGAAUUUUGACUGUCAAAGCCACUGAUAAGGACCCAUUCGGAGGUGUAACUUACAGUUUAGAUCCUCUUAACGUAAUGUUCACUGUGGAUCCAGCGAGUGGUGUGAUCAGCCCAGUUAGCGAGCUUGACCGAGAGACGACCGACUAUUAUCGUCUUACCGUACGAGCGACCGACGGAGGCUCACCGAGUCUUUCAAGUACGGCUGUUGUAAGGGUUAACAUCACCGAUAUUAAUGAUAAUUCUCCAAUGUUCAAUUCAUCUGGAAAAGAUAUCGAAGUUGUAGAAAAUUCUCCAAUCGACAAGGUCGUAAUGAAAGUAACUGCCACGGAUGCAGAUCUUGGCGUGAAUGCGGAACUGCGGUAUAAAAUUGAGGGCGGCAAUGAACAGCGUAAGUUCACGUUAGACGAGGUUUCUGGUUACCUCAAGGUCUAUGAAAAUAUUGAUCGGGAGAAAGAUGCCAAAUUCAGGUUAGAAAUCGUUGCUCAAGAUAAAGGUGAUCCAAGUCUUAAGUCUUCAAAAUUUACGAUCUCUAUAAAAGUCCUGGACGAAAACGACAACGAUCCACAGUUCACAAAGGAGAAAUACGUGCAAAAUGUUACCGAGAAUUUAUCGAACGGAACAUUUGUGAUGGAAGUUAAAGCAAGUGACAAAGAUAUUGAUCUGAAUGGUCGGGUCACUUAUGACAUUCUUUCCGGGGAUGAGGGAUAUUUUACGAUAGACAAAGAAACAGGGAUUGUUAAAACAACUAAGCCAUUAGACCGCGAACUUAUCCCUUUGUUUCAAAUGACAAUCGAAGCGAGAGAUCAAGGAAAUCCAUCUCGGAACUCAACUGCAUUACUACAAGUCAACGUCCUUGACGCAAACGACAACUCGCCUCGACUUGACACGGUCGUAGCGAACGUUACCGAGGAGCGGCCGAAGGGAGAGUUCGUGACACGAAUCGUGGCGACAGACCCCGACCUUGGAAAGAAUGGGGAGAUUGAGUAUAGUUUAACGUCCAGAGGAGAGCAAUCACUUAAGAUAAAUCGUGACACUGGAGAGGUUACAACCCGUGUGACGUUUGAUUACGAACAAAAAAGAAACCAUACUUUCAAAAUUAUUGCAACGGACAAAGGAAACUCACCGUUAUCUACCACGGCUGAUUUGAUUAUUAAUGUUCUUGACAUCGACGACAACUGCCCUGAGUUUAAUCCGAAGGAGUACAACGUUACAAUAGAGGAAAAUGUACCAUACUGGACAGAUAUAGUUCGAGUAUAUGCAACAGAUAUUGAUACUGUGGGGGAAAAUUUGAAUUAUGGUAUUCGUAGUGGAAACUUCGAGGGCACAUUUAUAAUGGACCCGUCCGCUGGCAUCGUAAAGGCGGGGCCUAUCGUUGACCGCGAGAAUGUGGCAGAAUAUAAUCUUAUCGUCCGAGCUGGCAAUGAUUUUUGUGGUGUCAAUCGAACUGGGGUUGAUAUUGAUGAGAGUAUCGAUGAGGCCGAACUAUCGAAGUCUAUUGCCAAAGUGAACAUUUUUUUGACGGAUUUAAACGACAAUGCUCCGAAGUUUCUACAAGAUUCGUACGAAUAUGAAUUGAAGGACAUCUAUACAAGCAGUUUGUUAUGGCUUAAUGCAACUGAUCCUGACGAAGGAAUUAAUUCCGAGUUUGAUUUUGGAUUGGAACGUGUAAUUAGGAUUGGUUCAUAUCGUACGUUGAAUGUGUCAGCUACUGAUAAAGGAAAUGUGUCGAUGAUGUCCACAACGACGCUGAAUGUUACUGGUAUAAAAUGCGAAGCAAUGGAUUUUUCUGUAUCUACACGUGGUCAUGUUAGUGUGAAAACUUUGUGUGAUUUUAAUAAAAUCGUCGUCCCUAAGGAUGCUUUUGUCGGAGAGAAAGCAAUAUUCAAUUGCAGUGCUCAAGGGAAUACUAUCCCAGAGUACAGAUGGUUCAGAAAUAGUGUUCCUGUCACUGAUUGGUUAAAGAACGGGGGAUACGUGAUUCAAAAGUUGACAAAGAAUGACGAUGGUGUUUACUCGUGUCAAUCAUCAAGUGAAGCGGGAAGUAUUCUUUCUACGCCUCGUACGUUUUCAGUUAAAGAACCGGCCAGAGUGGUCGUUCAUCCUGAGGACACGUGGGUAGAGGUUAAUAAGAAGGCUACCUUAAGGUGUCGCGCCGCCGGUGAUACACCUAUCUCGUACAAAUGGUACAAAGAUAAUAAACCUAUCGCGAUCCAAGAAGGUAUUAUCGCUGAUAAGUCCGAUCUCGUGAUCGAAAGAGCGGUCCCAGAAGAUACACAGUCCUAUCACUGCAAAGUUUCAAAUUACCCUGAUGCCAAACCUAGCAUAUCUAAGCCAGCUCGCAUCGAAGUUUAUGUCGCAGACGCUGUGGUUGAUAUGGAAUUGACAGUCAACAAGCCUCACAACAAGGAAAAGUGUCAGUAUUUUAAUAUUACCAACAUUGAGGAAACCAUCGAAACCUUGACGGAAGGGAAAAUGACUGUAGUUGCAUUUGUGAAACCACGUGAAUUAUGUAAUCUAACAUCUUGUUCAUCUGAUCCUUGUUUUAACAACGGGCGAUGUCAAACUAAUGGAUCCGAUUUUAUUUGUCAAUGUCCCCGAGGGUGGACUGGGAAACAAUGUCAAAUUGAUGUUGACGAAUGCAAGUUAGGACCUUGUUACAAUGGCACAUGCGUAAACAGACGCGGCAGUUUCUCGUGUGAUUGUCCACGAUCAACAUUUGGAAGGCUCUGUCAAUUCACAGAGGCGACUUGUAAGAAACCCAACCAAUGUUCUGCGCCAGAGAAAUGUUAUCCUAAAGAAUCACAACUGGGCUACGAGUGUCUUUCUGACGUCCGUGUAGUUGAUAUGGUGUUUAAACUAAAUGAAGUAAGAAGACCGUUUAACGAUUGGAUGGUGUAUGACAUAGCAAGAGAGAUCAAGAAUGCAAUCGAUGAUGGAGCAACGGAACAAACACAAAAUGGUAGACGCAGCAGACGUGAUGUUACAGUGGUUGAUUAUAGCGACUGUUCAGUUCGUGUCACGGAGCACAACGCACUGGAAGCCGAACUUAGAUUGAAAAUUAUAUUCGUCUGUGCCUCGCCCCCAAAACAAAAAUAUGUCUGCGAUACUAUGUUGAAUCAAGAUAUGGUAUCGUCAUGUAAAGAUGAGAAUGGCUGGCGUGAACAAAAAAAACCAACUACACCACCGCCAAUGAGCCCGAAACGUGUAUCUCUGGCAUUCAUCGUUCGCCUCGCAAACGGCGAAGAUAUGGAAGCUUCGGAUACAGUCAGCAUAUUGUUGGAAGGAAAAAUUGAACAAAAGUUGAAUAAACACAACAUGUAUGAUGUAGCCUUAAGAGCACGUUCCGUAAAGACAGCUGGAUCAGAUGGGAGCGAUUCUAGUUUCUCGUCAGGAGCCAUCGUUGGAGUAGUUGUGGGCGUUAUCAUUCUCCUUGUUCUUGUCAUUUUGGCCGUUUUGCUUGCUAGUCGUUCUAGACAGCGUCGAGGGAAGGGGUUCAGCAUUGGAGGUCGAGCAAUCUUGACUCGCUCACCCAGCUCUGACGCCAUAUUAUCACGAGAUAUUAAAAUGAGAGAGUUGGAAAACACUGAAGUUAGAGAAGUAAAUAACAGAACAUUCUCGGAAAUCUAUGAAGACAAGCAUGGAAACCCACGUGAUCUGGAAGAUGGAGGAUUUAUGGUGGAAAAUCCGCAACAAGCGUUGAGGAAAAAUAAUCAGGAUUACUUGGAAGAGCUUGAGUCCAGUCCGUGGUUCCACGGUUCCAUCACCCGUGCUAAGGCUGAGGAUUUGUUGGAUGCUACAGAUAGCGAAGGGACGUUCUUGGUUCGCGCAGGACUCGAUAUGGGAGAGUUCUACAUUAGCGUACGAACACCGAACACCGACCCGAAAUUCCGACACAUUCCCGUCAAUCGCCGAGGUGACAGCUUCGUUGCUGUUUGUAGUGAGGACGCCAACCCUCAAACAUUUACGACGUUCAAAGAACUUGUCGAGUAUCUCCGAGCAAAUCCGGUACAUAUCGAAGGCCUUAACGAAAAUGUGGUGUUGAAAGAUCACAUUUCCAAAGUCUAAAGCGAAUGAAAAUUUUGGCAAAAGA